GCCGGAGGAAGGCCCUUUCAUUUGGUUUGAUCUCCACCUUCUCUCGCCCCGUCGCCCGUGUCUUGGCUUCCGACGUCGGCGGCGGCGCGGCGGCGGGGGCGGCAUUGCGAGCUGACGUCACCUGCGGUGAUCCCCGGAGGCGGGGGGAGGAGAAAGGGAGGUGGCUACGCCGCCGGCUAUGUAGUGAUCUGGGCCGUGAUCUCGACGGCGCUUCGUGGCUGAGAGGGCGGCGGGGAUGAACGGAGCGAGCGCCGGCGCUGGCCGGGAGGCGCCGUUGGUGUACCAGGCCUGGAAGGGGAGCAACGUAUUUUUCCUUCAAGGGAGAUUUGUAUUUGGUCCUGAUGCUAGAUCCUUGUUUGUCACCAUGUUCCUCAUUAUCGCGCCAGUAUCUAUCUUUUGUGCAUUCGUUGCAAGGGAGUUGAUGAAUAAUUUCUCUUAUGGUCUGGGAUUGCCAGUUAUGGUUGCAGCGGUUUUAUUCACAGCAUAUGAUCUGAGUCUUCUGCUUCUAACUUCUGGGAGAGAUCCUGGUAUCAUACCUCGCAAUGCACAUCCUCCAGAACCUGAAGGUUUUGAUGGCAAUGCAGAGACUGGGGCUAACCAGACUCCACCUUUGCGUUUGCCCCGAGUGAAGGAUGUCGUUGUCAAUGGAAUCACUGUGAAGACAAAAUACUGUGACACCUGCAUGUUGUACAGGCCUCCUCGUUGCUCCCAUUGCUCUAUCUGCAACAAUUGCGUGGAACGUUUUGACCAUCACUGCCCAUGGGUUGGACAAUGCAUAGGACUUAGGAAUUACAGGUUCUUUUAUAUGUUUGUGUUCUCAACAACUCUGCUCUGCCUUUAUGUCUUCGGGUUCUGCUGGGUGUGCAUUGUUAAGAUCAGAAAUGCAGAGCAGAUAACAAUUUGGAAGGCAAUGGCAAAGAGCCCUGCAUCUAUUGCUCUAAUCGUCUACACAUUCAUUGCGGUUUGGUUUGUUGGUGGCCUCUCUGUGUUCCACUUGUAUCUCAUGAGCACAAAUCAGACAACAUAUGAGAACUUCAGGUAUCGCUAUGACCAACGAGCCAACCCAUAUAACAGGGGAGUUGUAGAAAACAUCAAAGAGAUCUUCUUUACACCCAUCCCUCCUUCCAAGAACCACUUCCGUGCCAGAGUUCAACAGGAGCAUUGUCUGAGGCCUCGCCCAACGAAUGGUUUCAUGAGUCCAAACAUGGGGAGAGCUAUCGGUGACAUCGAGAUGGGUAGAAAACCAGUGGCUUGGGAUGAGCCACGGAUGGCAGCUGAGAUUGGUGAUUUAGGUGCAGGUCUGAGCAACUUGUUGGAAGACAAGGAUGGCAGGUUUUGUAGUGCAUCUCCAGAUCUCAGUCGUGACGCCCUUGCAGUUGGAGGCUUAGAAGAGCAAGGCUCCUCAGUGUUGAACCCUGGGCGGACAAGCUGGGGAGUCGAAGCAGGUCGAUGAUGGCAAUGACCCUGUAAACGGCUAUAGUGAGAAACUCAGGGAUGUUAGUGCCAGCUUGUUUCUGAUUUGUUGUUUGGUUGAGAUUUGAGGUCAUUAAUGUUAUUAGGCCCAUGACCUGUGCGGUGGUUGUUUUCGCAUUUUCUUUCACCUUUCUCUUAGUUUGAGAUAUCUUUCCUGUAUGUUGUUUGAAGCAGUUGGUUUGUGACGUCUCCGGUUUUGCAGCAUAUGAUUGCGUCAGUAUAUAAUUGGAGCGGUAAACCUAAAACAAUUGAGUUGCUUGGCUUUGGAUGUUAAUGGUUGUGAACAAUAUUUAACCUUUGCAGGAAAUGAACAUCGCUCCAUCUGAGCACCCA